AUGCUCAAGAAUGAUGGCGAGGGGUAUACUCAGUGCACGUGGAAUCCGGUUCAGUGCUCUUGGGGACAGGUCCGAGUGCAUGAUACGAUUUUGGUCAUUCACUGGUUGCUGGAGCAUGCGGAGCUGGAUGCGAAGGACGAUGCUAUCCUGUGGGAGACGAUGGACAUGCUCUACGACAUGUCCAGGUUCAAAUGGGAGGAUUGGUAUAAGAACGGGCGGUAUGAAAAGGUCAUUGGGAACCCGACGACGGACAACCCGCUGUUUCCUUAUAUUCACGGCGUGAACGUCGGCCAGGGUCUCAAAUCCGCCGCUGUCAUCCGCAGAUUCACCCACCGGGACUCCCUUUCCAAGACGACGACCAACGGUGUUGAUUGGACCUUCAAAUACAAGGGUGCCGCCUCCGGUACCAUCCUCGCCGACGAGAUCCAGCGAGACCUCGCGCCGUUCAUGGGUUCCGAGCUCUGCACUGCCGUCGAGACAGGCUACUCACUCGCCUAUCUCUACCAGGCCCUGGGUACCAAUUCCUUUGCCGACCGCGCCGAACUCGUCAUCUUCAACGCUCUUCCCACCAUGCUGACCCACGAUAUGUGGGCACAUCAAUACAUGACACGACCCAACGCGCCAUGGGCCUUGAACCAACAUCGCCAGCCAUCGCUCUUCACCACGGCCAACGGUGUUGCCACCAUCUUCGGGCUGGAACCCCAGUACCCGUGUUGCACGGUCAACUUCCCCCAGGGAUACCCCAAAUUCCUGGCAAACAGCUGGGCGAGAGCCGACAAGGGACUUGUGCACGCCUUGUUGAGCCCGUCAACCGUCGACACAACCAUCCCAGAGAUCGGAAGGGUAGCGAUCACAUGCGAGACAGAAUACCCCUUUUCGAACCGCCUGAGGUACAUCGUCGAUGCCGAGUCGGACUUUGACCUCUACUUACGCUUCCCUUCGUGGGGCGUGCUCACCAAGUCGGUCUUGUCGCUUUCGGCCGAUGGUGCCGAGGCGGAAACCCUUCCCAUGUCGCCGAAUGAGAAUACCGGGUUGCUUCGCGUGUCGGUGCCGAAGGGGAAGUCAAUCCUGGAGUAUUACAUUGACUACGCAGUUCGUGUCGAGACGAGAGAAAGGGCGGACAACGCGGUGUCCGUCUAUGUUGGGAAUGUCCUGUAUGCGUUGGACGUCGGGGAGAGUGUGACGAGUUCGCUGCCGCAUAGGUAUUGGGAGACCAGCGGAAACGGCACCACCGAAUUCUCCGAGUAUGAGAAUGUCAAGGAUAACUACUUCAACUUUACGAAGCCGUGGAACGUCGCCAUCGACCCUUCAACGAUUCGUCACCACGAGCAUACCGAUGCUGGAAUACAAAGAGGCUUCAGCGCUCGUCAAGCUGACAAGGGGCCUACCAAUUAUCUCACGGUCCAGGGAUGCCAGAUCGACUGGCCGGUUCGGGAGGGUGUGGCGCCCGAUGUGCCCCCAACGGAUCCCGCAUGUGUGACGGAGAAGCAGACGUACAGGAUGAUCCCGUAUGGGCUUGCAAAGAUUCACAUGUCAGAGCUGCCAACGAUCAAGCUUUCGAGGCGGCGAGGCUCAGCAGUACCGGGUAGGAUAGUGGCUACCAAGGGGGUGGUUGACUCUGACGGUCCGAGUGAUCUCUAG